AUGGGAACGGGGCAGGCUGCAAGGAGCAGGACCCGCACUCAGAGGCGCAGGCUGCCCACUCGGCCUGGCAGGUGCAGCCCUGCUGCGGGGCGCACCCCAGGGCCCGCCUGGCAGCCCCUACCAAGGACCCUGGUGGGCGGGGGCAUCCCGCUGCCCACGGGGAGGCGCCUGCCGUCCCCCGUGGCUCUGGCGGCGGCCUCACCGGCAGGGCCUCGCCCGCAGCUUCCCGUCCUCCUGAAGGGCACGUCCGACGACGAGGCCCCGUGCCCGGGCUACCUGUUUGAGGAGAUCUCCAAAAUCUCCCACGAGUCUCCGGGGAGCAGCCAGUGCCUCCUGGAGUACCUGCUGGGCCGCCUGCACGGCGGCUCCGGCCACGUGAAGCUCAAGGUUCUGAAGAUCCUGCUGCACCUGUGUGCGCACGGCUCCCCAGCCUUCCUGCUGCUGCUCAAGCGCAACCCCGCCUUCAUCCAGGAGGCCACAGGUGCGGCGGUCUGGGUGCGCCCGCCCCCAGCCCUCCCUGGUCCUGCGCUGCCCACAGGACCAUCCAGCGCCUGCUGCCCACAGCGCCUGCACGCAGUGCUCAGCCAUGGCUGCCCCUCCCCUGUGGGGGCACUGGGAAGCCUUGGGGGGCACUGUGGGGGCCAAGCCUGGCCAGGUGGAACCCCCCUGCCUGCACCUGGCGCCUCGGGUCCUCGAGCUCACGGACGGCCCCCCCAAGAGGCCACACUCACACAGAAUAGCCGAUUUCAAACGUGUCCCGUUCUCCAGACCCAGGGAUUGUUCGCGGGACCCCCGGACCCGCUCCACGGAAACAGCCUGUACCGGAAGGUGCGGAGGGCCGCCCAGUCGCCCCGACCGCAGAGAGCCCUGGGCGCGCUGGCCACCCUUGGGGCCACCGACCUGCUGGCCCAGGAGCAGGUCCUGCUGUGCGCCCGGCCGCGGCUGCAGGAGCUCAGCGUGGGCAGCCCGGGACCUGUGACCAGCAAGGCCACCAAGGUGCUGCGGCACUUCGAGGCCUCGUGUGGACAGCGCCCCCCCGCCCGGAGGCCUGCAGCCAGCCCGGGCCCUGCCGCCUGCGGGAGCCCGUCUGACCUGCUGGCGGCCGCCGUGCCCUUCCUGGGGGGCCCCGCGUCCUUGCAGCCGCAGAGCUCUGCCCUGCUCGCACCCCCUACCCUGCUAGAGGGUGCCCCCCGCCCAGGCCCCCAGGACACCGGGGAGGCCGCGAAUCGACUGGCGGGUUCUGGAGACCACAGGGCUGGGCCAGAGCUGGGCCCGGGGGCCGCAGACACCCUAGAGGGCAGCGGCGGCUCCCUGUUUGCCGGCAUGGAGCUGGUCUCCUGUCCUCGCCUGCUGGGCACCAGGGCGGCAGCAGAGGGCAGCCCCCCGGACCCCCGGGCCCCCCCGACAUCUAUGCGGAGGGCCGUGGCCGAAGGGCCUCCUGGCUCGGAGCCAUCGGCCUUUGCGUUCUUGAACGUGUGACGGGAUGGCCUGUGGCCUGUGGCCCGGCUCGCCGAGGGCCCUGCCCCUGACCGGUGUCUCUGCGAGGCCACCGCGCCCCCUGCCCCGAGGCCUCGGGGGGGGGUCCGAGCAUUGGCCUGUCCCAGAGCCCACCCAGUGAGCCCCACACGGGCAGGGUGGGCCCACCGGCCAGCGGCCCUCGCAGGACCAGGACUGAGGGAGUUGAGACAGGUAGCGGGGCCCUGGGCUGGGCGUGGACCUGCCCGCAGCUGCUGCUGUUGCCGUCUGCCUGCUGAGAGGCCAGUGCCGGCCACUUGGACUUCACCGCACACAGCAACAGCCGGCAGGUGGGUGGGAGGUGGGCGAGCUGGCCUGGCCUCCACGUAGGCUGGCGCGUGGCCUCAGCCUGGGGCCUGCUGAGCCGGGGUGGUCAGCGGCAUCCCCCACCGGAGGGCACCGCUCCGCACGGCCGCACACCGGCUGCAGUCGCUCCUGUCAGGAGACGCCGUCCCCCGCCCUCCGGCCCGGGGCCCCUCUUGUCACUCCAACCUGAAGCUGAUGGGCCUGCUGCCGGGCGCAUCCCAGCCCUGCCCGGUGUCCCUUGCAGGCCGAGCUGGCCGCGGGGGCCCUGGGCCAGCUGCAGCAUCUGCACUUUGACGCGUAAACUCUCUGCUCCUC